AUGGCUGAACCAUCAUCCGAUGCUGCUACUGCAAGUGCAACGAGGAAAAAUAAGGCAGACCCAGGCUGGAAAUAUUGUCAUUCUCUGGUGGAAGGAGAUACAAACACCAUUGUUUGUAAUUUCUGUGGAAAAAUCACAAAGGGAGGAAUAACCAGAGCCAAACAACACCUGAUUGGGAAGUCGGGUAACGUUGCAGCUUGCAAGAAAACUCCACCAAAUGUAGUCGAAGAGUUGAAGGAAUAUAUGGCUACCAAAAAAAGUAGGACCACAUAUAGUACUUCUGGCAGUGGUAAUAUGGCAAAUAUAAGAGAUUUUGAAUUUGGUGAACCAAUUGGAUGUGACGAAAGUGAAGAAGAUGAGUUUGCAGACUCUUGUAAUGCUGCUGCAAGUGUAAAGACAAAGCGUGGGACUAAAAAAGGACCAAUGGACAAAUUUUGUAAGAAUCCAGAAAAUGCAAUCAAUCGGAGAAAAAUGGAGAUGUUGAGGCAAAUGAACAUAAGAGAGUCAUUGGAUAAGAAUGAAGUAUUGAAGGUGCAUCAACAUAUUGCUCGCUUUUGGUACCAAGCAGGUGAAAAGCUUUUUGAGUUGCUUGAUGCCAUUGUGGAGGAAGUUGGAGAAGAGAAUGUUGUUCAAGUUGUAACCGAUAAUGGGAGCAACUAUGUUUUAGCGGAUAUUGGGAAGCUUCCCUUGAUAAGGAAGACAAUUAGAAGGGCAAUUAAUCUAGUUGGGUUUAUCUAUGCCCAUUCUAGUACCUUAAGUUUGUUGAGAAAUUUUACAAACAAGAGGGAAUUGGUGAGACAAGCUAUUACUAGAUUUGCCACUUCUUAUCUAACUUUGGAAAGGCUCCAUAAAGAGAAAGCCAAUAUUAGAAAGAUGUUUACUUAUGAUGAAUAG